UUCUCUCAUUUUACCUUGUAGGGUAUUGAAACCCCCUGGAGGUGGUUCUAGUAAUCUCUUUGGCAAUGCAGAAGAAGUUUCUUCUUCCAGCAGGCCACACCGGAUGGCAUCUAAUAUCUUUGGAGCAUCUGAAGAACCUCAGAACAUUCCAAAAAGAACAAACCCGCCAGGGGGUAAAGAGAGUGGCAUUUUCGAGGAUCCCAGUGCGGCACAGCCUCGACCACGUGUAAAUCCACCUGGUGGGAAGACGAGUGAUAUCUUCGGGUCUCCAGUAUCUACCAGUGUUGUGCGAGCACAUCCAAACAAGCCGAAGGAUCACAUUGUCUUGAAGGAAGAUGAAACACCAAAGAAGCUAGAAGCUACAGAAAACAACAAAUCUCAACUGGAAAGUGGAGGCGAGAAAAAAGAUGUGGGUAAAGAGGAGCGACUCAAGGAAGCAGAACCCAAGCUAGACAAUCAUGAGCCCAGAUUAGGGCCAAGGCCGCGCUCGCACAACAAAGUUCUCAAUCCCCCUGGGGGGAAAUCCAGCAUUGCCUUCUACUAGGGACAGCUGUUCACUAACUGAGUCUGCACAGAAACUCUUGUCUGUGGUUGUGAGGUCAGUUUAGAGACUAUUGCUUGUGGACAGAUUCUUCUUAAGGCAGAUGUAUGAGGGUUAUGCCAAAGUGUGUAGAAAGGAUAACCUGAUGAUUUGGGGAGGGAGGGCUUUGGGGGAAAGAGGGGCAUGUGGAAGACUCUUGAGGAUCAGGCUGCCUGGGUGGGUUAUGAAGAGGGACGUUAGUGUAAUGUUGUGGGAAAAAAAAUGCUGCUUUGUCGUGAGUUCAUCAGACUUAGGUUUGUAGCUAGCUAGUGGCUCGGGAUGCCCUUGUUGAGUCAGGCUUUUCCGUGCGUUCCGUGUGUAAAAUGUUGUGAGUGGGUAGGGACCUGGAGGCCAGGUUGGAAAUAGUCUUAAGUGCAGCAUAGGCCG